GGCCGCCGGCGCCAGCGGCCAAGACGCUGCUCCUCCCACACUGAAGGGCCGACACUGCACUGCACUCCACCCCCGUCUCUCUCGCAGCCGCAGCCGCAGCCGCGCGCGGUGAAACCAAAAUAUCCCCGCGCCAUGGCCGUGGAGGAGGCGACCAGCAGCGGCGGCGAGGAGGGGGCCGGCCUCUGGACCCGCGAGCAGGAGAAGGCGUUCGAGAACGCGGUCGCGACGAUGGCGGAGGAGGACGAUGAGGGGGACGCGAGGUGGCAGAAGAUAGCGGAGGUCGUCGAGGGGAAGACGGCGGAGGAGGUCCGGCGGCACUACGAGCUGCUGGUGGAGGACGUCGACGGCAUCGACGCGGGGCGCGUGCCGCUUCCGACGUAUGCUGCUGACGGCGGCGCCGAGGAAGGCGGCAGCGGCGGUGGGGGUGGGAAGAAGGGGAGCGGGGGAGGAGGGGGGCACGGGGAGAAGGGGUCGGCCAAGUCGGCCGAGCAGGAGCGCAGGAAGGGGAUCGCCUGGACAGAGGACGAGCACAGAUUGUUCCUUCUUGGACUUGAAAAGUAUGGCAAAGGUGACUGGCGGAGCAUCUCACGGAACUUUGUGAUCUCAAGGACACCGACUCAAGUAGCUAGCCAUGCACAGAAGUAUUUUAUUCGUCUGAACUCAAUGAACAGAGAGAGGCGACGGUCAAGUAUACAUGACAUCACCAGUGUGAACAACAGAGAUGCAUCAGCUGCACAGGGGCCAAUCACUGGUCAAACAAAUGGGCAGGCUGCAAAUCCUGGGAAAUCCUCUAAGCAAUCUCCACAGCCAGCAAAUACACCUCCAGGUGUCGAUGCUUAUGGUACCACAAUUGGACAGCCAGUUGGUGGCCCCCUUGUCUCAGCGGUUGGGACUCCAGUUACGCUGCCUGUUCCUGCUCCACCUCAUAUGGCCUAUGGCAUGCACACCCCGGUUCCAGGAGCUGUAGUACCUGGUGCCCCAGUAAACAUUGCUCCAAUGGCCUAUCCGAUGCCACCCCCAUCAUCUCAUGGAUGAGGGACGUAAUAUCCAUGUGUUGCUUUUAGUAGAUGCUCUACCAUGUCUCAAUAAAGCAAUCAAUAUACUCUUGUACAUUACAAACUGUUAUUACAUGUAGCAUUUUGAGGACAUUGCAGAUUAUGCACUUGUGUUCCAUGCAAACACUCGAUGUACACCUGCUGCAAGUGUUUCAGGAUGGUUGCCGUCAUGCUAUAUGUCUCGGUCUGGCAGCCAUCAGGCUAGAUGUUGGGGUUGAGUCAGUAUAUCUGUUAUUUGUAAUUGUAUACCUGCUGUCCUGUUUCUGA